UGCAAGGUACUACAAGCAGAAUGACAAGGACUACAGAACAUUGAUCAACACCUAUGGCAUCAGAUUUGACGUGAUUGUUUCUGGAAAGGCUGGUAAAUUUAACAUCAUCCCAACCACCAUGAACAUCGGUUCGGGCCUUGGGCUGCUGGGACUGGCUAGUUUCCUGUGUAACUCCGUGAUACUGUGGUACUACGGGGACAAAAAGAUGGAGGUGGAUAAAAAGGGUCAUAUGUUUCUGAAGGAGGGAUGCUCCUACUACCUGAUGAAGGUUUGCAGGUGCCUAAAGUCGUGUUGCUGUUGCUUCUGCUGCUGCCUAACGCCCUGUUGCAACUGGCUUGUACGGUGUUACAAGUCGUGUUGCUGUUGCUUCUGCUGCUGCGUUGAAGAAGGUGCUGGCACAUAUGCUGAACUCCCCGAUGCAUGUGAACAGGAACAGGACGACGAGAACAUCACAUUUGCAAAGCCUGCACCAAACUAUGGCCAGGUGCAGACGGUGUAA